AACCCCAAACGAACAAACAAAUCAACCCUUUUCGGUAGUCACCUCCACUCCUGUACAUCCACUUCUACCGGUAAAACCCUAAUCAGUUACCGAAUAUUCAAUUUCUUCAUCACCGGAUCAUCUAUUUGAUUCGAUUGCUUCAAUCAAUUUGUUAGAAGUUUGAAUUUGUUCCUAAAAGAUGCCUCCGAAACAAUCGAAAUCGGAGAUAGCAAAGAAGCAGAAAGUAGUUGAAGACAAAACAUUUGGGCUUAAGAACAAGAACAAGAGCAAAAAUGUUCAGAAAUAUGUGCAGUCACUUCAACAGAAUGUUGUCCCCAAACCUGAUGCUUCCAAACUCGCUGCAAAGAAAAAGAAGGAAGAAGAGAAAGCCAGAGAGAAGGAGUUGAAUGACUUGUUUAAGAUUGCUGUUGUUCAACCCAAAGUACCUGUUGGGGUGGAUCCGAAGUCUAUAUUGUGCGAGUUUUUCAAGGCUGGUCAAUGUGCGAAAGGUUUCAAAUGCAAGUUUUCUCAUGACUUGAAUGUACAGAGGAAGGGUGAGAAGAUUGACAUUUUCAGUGAUAAGCGUGAUGAAGGAACAAUGGAGGACUGGGAUUUGGAGACGUUGGAAAAAGUUGUGGAAUCAAAAGGAAAAGAGUACAACCAGAAUAAACCAACCGACAUCGUUUGCAAACACUUCCUCGAUGCAGUGGAGAAAAAGCAAUAUGGUUGGUUCUGGGUAUGUCCAAACGGUAAUAAAGAGUGUCAUUACAGACACGCUCUCCCUCCCGGAUACAUCUUGAAAUCCCAAAUGAAAGCUCUUUUAGAAGAAGAGGCUAAUAAGCUAGCUAUCGAGGAUGAGAUUGAGGAUCAGCGUUCUAAAGUAAAAACAACAACUCCUAUGACUACCGAUCUCUUUAUGAAUUGGAAAAAGAAGAAGGUGGAUGAAAAAGAAGCUGGCUUGGCGGCUCAAAGAGCCGAGAGGGCUAAGAAUGACCGGAUGAGUGGGCGGGAGUUGUUUCUUUCCGAUGCUAGUGUGUUUGUGGAUGAUGCUGAGGCAUAUGAGAAGUACAACAGAGAAGAAGAACUUGAUGAUACCGCCCAAAAGGCACAAGAGAAUUCGUCCACAAGUGGGCCAAGUGCAUCAACAAGUGUGGCUGCUGUUUCCGAAGAUGGUAACUCUGAGAUCGAUGACGAUGACGAUCUAGAUAUGGACGAACUGAAUGAACUUGAAGCAAGCUUGUCAAAAACAUCUAUUCAAAUCAAAGAGCCUGUAAAGUAAGUCUCGUGUCGACAAAAUCUUCACUUUUGAGGAUAAAAUCAACAUAACUUGAAGAGAAAACGUUGUCAACAACGUUUGAUAGCUAUUGGAGGUAAUUCAUCUAUGUUGGAAUUCACUACCUUUUUGUUCUUUCAUACUCUACAAGUGCACAACAUAAAUCAGAUUGUAGAAUGCAAGUUUUGAAUUUUGUUUGCUUGCUGUUUCUCCAUGUUAA